AUGAAAUAUCUGGGGUUGCCUCUGAAUGCAAAAAGGCUCUCAUAUAUUGAUUGUUCUAGCCUUAUUGGAAAAAUCAAUAACCAAUUUCAAUCCUGGCAACAAAAGAGAUGCCUGACUUAUGCUGGUAGACUUGAACUGAUUAAGUCUGUUAUAUUGGGCAUUCAAACUUAUUGGCUUAGCAAUUACAUUCUGCCAAUGAAAGGUUUAGAGAAAAUUGACAGAAUGUGUUCUGAAUUUCUGUGGGGACAUAAAUUCCACUUGGUGAACUGGGAAUCUGUCUGCCAAAGGAAAGAACAAGGAGGUUUGGGGAUCUUUUCAUCCAAGUUAUGGAACUAUGCUGGUGCUACAAAGCUCCUGUGGAUGAUUUAUCUAAAAAAAGACCUCCUAUGGAUCAAGUGGAUCCAUGGAAACUAUCUAAAAAAUCAAAGUAUCUGGGUUGUCCAAUCUAAGGUAAAUGAUUCAUGGAUGUGGAGGCAGCUUCUAAAAGUGAGAGAUAUGUUGCUGCAAAAGUUUGGGAAUACUGAUAAUAUAAAGAAUACCUUGUCUGAACGUUGCACUGAUGAUAAGCUUCAGUUAUCUGCAGUAUAUAAGGCUCUUGUCCAGCCUGCUAAUGUAGUUGUCUGGGCAAAAACUGUUUGGGAUGGUUUCCUAUAUCCUAAACAUUCUUUCAUAUUUUGGCUAGCUUGUCAUUCAAGACUCCUCACCAAGGAUAGAUUGUGCCGAAUGGGUAUACUGAGCACAAAUCAGAAUCAUUGUGUCUUGUGUAAUGGACAUCACUUGGAGACAAGAGAUCAUGUUUUCUUUGAAUGCCAAUUUUCAGCUGCUGUCAGGAACAUGGAACCUAUGAAGAAAUUGAAGAGGAUGUGUCUCUCCAUUGCAGUUUAUAUGAUCUGGAAAGAGAGGAAUCAGAGAAUUUUUCAAGCUAAAGAGAGGCACCCUGCUCAGAUUUUUAGAGAUAUUAAACUUACAGUUUUUUCAAAGGUUUUUCCCGGUACAUUAAUGUUCUUCAAUAUGUUUCAAUUUGGGAAAUGA